AAAGCUGCUCUAACUGGACGGCAGAGAGGAGAGCCAGCGAUGUCUUCACUCAGGCAGGAGCACCGCUAUGGGCUCUGCUGUGGAAAAACAACCAGAAGCAGCCCCAACAUUUCUCUCUACCACGUCAAGCUGACGGAUACAGCAAUCAGAGCGCUGGAGGCUUACCAAAACAUCAAGGGUGUUCUACAAAAUCAGACCUCAAUCGGUUUCAAAGGAAACCAUGGGUACAUCAAGAUCCCAGCUCCAACACCAGAGUUACCUUCAGCUCUGCGAAUCUUCUCCUUCUACUUAUCCAGUGACAGCAAAGACCAACCACAAGCCAGCUUCGACUGCGUCCAUCAGUACAUCUCAAGCGACGGCCGCGAGCAGCUGGAGGGCCAGGGCAGCAUCCAGGACAAGAUCACCGUGUGCGCUACGGAUGACUCCUACCAGAUGACCCGAGAGAGGAUGUCUCAGAUGGAAAAGGACAGCUGGAGCCGCUCAGCCAUCGAGAUCAAACCUGGAGCCUCACAUCCUAGUAAAAGUUUCAAGUUCCAAAAGAAACCCGCUCCCCCAGCUGCUCCUGACAGUAGCUUCUACAAGCAGUCAGCCAACAGUCGGAGGAACAGCAGCAUACCUGCCGCCAUCCAGAAGCCCCUGAAGGAACGCAUCAUCCACCUGCUGGCCCUUAAGCCUUACAGGAAGCCAGAGCUUCUCCUGUGGCUGGAAAGGGAGCGAGCCGGAGCAAAGGACAAGGCUGAGCUUGGUGCUGUGCUUGAGGAGGUAGCUAAGGUGAACCCUAAAGACAGCAGCUACUUCCUGAAGGAGGAUUUCUACAAACAUGUGCAGAGGGACUGGCCAGGCUAUAGCGAGGAGGAGAAGCAGCUGAUCUGCAGGCUUCUAUCCAGGAAACUUCAGCCUCACAUCAGCAAUAAAUCAAGAAACAUUCAAGCACACUUGUCAAUACCUGCAACCCCUGAGGAUCCAAGUGCAGCGAAAAACCCAGCUGUGAAACGUUCCGUUCCUUUGGACUCACGGGACAGACUGGCAGCAAAGAGACAAAAACUUUCUGACCAAAGGUCACAACCCCAGUCCAACAUAAAGGGAAUCGUGAACAUUAAGGAAGCACAUGAUAACGCAGCUGUGACCUUUGACCCCAAUCUCAACUCCAGUGCUGAAUCCCAGAGGACCGGUGGCCUUACUGGUGACCAGCGUGGCCUAAAAAAUGUAGCCCAUUGUGACUUUCCUUUCGUGCAUACCAUGUCUGACGGACAUAUUUCUGAGAGCAAAGAUCAGGACCCCAGAGUCAGCCGGCUCCAAGCACCGCAGGCUAACUCUGACGGCACUCAGCAGCAACAGAACAGCAGCCAGCUCAGAAAGAAGAAAUCUAAAAAGCACAAAGAUAAGGAGCGGGAAAGGUUAAAAGAUGACAAAGCACCUGAAUGGCUGCAGCCGAGCCCCGACCUUAAGCAGAAUCCACAUAAACAAGACAAUCCUGACAUCACAAGUGCUGCGGCCUCUGAGGAGAAGCCGGAUUACGUGCUAGCUUACGGCCCCAUCACGAGUUUGGAGCAAAGGCAGAGAUAUCAGGAGGAUUUCUGUACAGAGUAUGAUGAGUACAAAGACCUUCACUCCCGGAUCGCUGCCAUAACUCACAUGUUUGUUCAGCUGGGGUCCAAGAUCAAGACUCUCUCUCCUGGCACCCAGGAAUAUAAGAAGAUGGAAGACCAAAUACUGGAAAAGUACAGCAAGUUUCGCAAGAAGUUUCCAGGCUACAGGGAAGAAAAGAAGCGCUGCGAGUACCUUCAUGAAAAACUGUCAUACAUCAAACAACUCAUCGUCGACUUCGAUCUCUCUAAGGCCUCCUCAUAGCAUUUGCUAAAAACUGUCAACUAGACAUACCCAGCUUUGUGUUGAGGUAUUUUUUACAGCGAUAUAAAGAGUUUUGAAAGAGGACUUCAGCUUUUUCCACCACUUUUACUAAAACACCAGCUGAUUCUGUGACCUCUCAUUAGUAACUGAUUGUGUUGGAGUCUCUCUGAACAAAGGGGAAAAUAUAUGGAAGGUAUUUGGUCGGGAUUUUUUUAAGUAGUUCUGAUCUUAAUGAUUCUGAAUCUUGCAAAAUCAUUCCUUUAACACUUGUACAGUUUUCUUUUUUUUAUAUAUGCUUUUUGUACUUUUAAAUAUGUCUAUUUGCAGUGUACAUGAGUAGCAAAUGCUUUCAGAAAUUGCCUUGUCUAGGAUUAAUAGGAGAAGCAGAGAGAACCACAUGGGAACAAAAACAAAUCGGCUCCAUUUGUCGUCUCCUUUUGAAUGUUUUAGACAUUAUGGCCAAUUGCAACCACAAACUUUGAGAUAUGGUAUUGGGAUUCCAUGCAACAGUGGAAUGAUUUAUUAAAUGGAAGGUCAAAGGUGAAUGGUUGUAUAAGGUAAGAAAAAUCAUAAGCAUUCCCGCAGCAUGACGUCACCAUCAUCGAGUUUUAAAGUGGGGUUUAGCUGAUGUUCAGUGUUAGUUCUUAUUUUUCUUUGAAGUUAGAAAUUUUCCUUUUCUUGCUACUUUUUCCAGAUUUUGAUUCCUUAGAGAUUUGGGAAAAAACCUUUGCAUCCUUUUUCAUUUACCAUAAAACACUAAAUUAUCUUUCCUUGUUCUGAACCCCAGAAAAAUAUAUAGAAGUUUGGUGUUGCGAUCUCAAAAAAUGGGAAAAGUUUUAAUCAUUUUUAAAACUCUCAUAGCUAAAAAAAAGAAAACGUUGCAUUAGAGCAUAUAUGGGCAAAACUACAUACAUCAGAGCCGGAUUUAUUUUUUUUUAGUUACAUUACAGAGUCUAUAUAUUGUUUUUUUUGUUGUUUUUUUUUAAUCUUCAUUAUAAAGGGACCAGAAAAGGCUGAAUCGAUUCACUGUAGCCGACCUGUGUGUCGUCUCCUUUAUGCUCUCAUGUUUUAAGUAUUUAUUUACCACAUUCCCUGUUUUUUGAGCGUCUGGUAAAUGGACCAAAAGUUUUGAACUAGCACAUCUGCUGAAGUAUUUUAACCAAUAGAAGAAGAAGAAAAAAAGACUUGUGUAUAAGCAUUUUGCAUUGAACUACUGAUGUAUUUAUUUUGAACCUAUUUAUCUCUGUCCUGUGACAAUAGGUCAUCUGAGCUUUUAAAUCAAAGUGUUUGGAGCCAUGCAGGCGGGGAAAUCGUGUGGAAAAGAUUGAAAAGUAUCAUAUAUUUUCAUCCUUAGCUUAUCUUGCUUUUAGUUGCCUUUAAAAAAUCAGAUUAUGAUUAUAUUUAAAAACCAAAUCAAUGCCUGAGAUGUGCUUCUUCAACAGCAUUGCGCAUUGAUUUAAAAAAAAAAAGGGUUAAAGUCAGCAGGGAGAUGCUGAUUCUGAAUCAGGCAAGUAUUUUGGACUGAAAUAAGUCACAAGUGUGCAGUUUUUUAUUUGUUUGUUUUUUAAUGAAUUUCAUUUAGUAAUAAUAAAGCCUUAAGGUGAAACUUUGCUAUGUCAAAGUUUUCAGACAGCUAAUAUGAAGAAUAACAUUCAGAAAGCGACAUCAUACACAGAUGUAUCCAUCUGCCUUAUUGGAUAAGAAACACUAUGUUAGGGUUUUAUUGGGUACUAACAAAAUGUUUAGUUCACAUCUUGUCUGAACGUAAGGAACUAAUAUCUGUAGCUUUGAUUUCCAAUUGGUACUAUCAAAUAAAGCAAAUGAUCCUAUGUUAAACUAA